AUGAGCGGCCCGGGUGAUGACCGAUGGCGCGGAGGUCGACCGUACGACCAGAAUCGCCAGCCGGCGCAACGACACCCCGCUUCAGGUCCACGCGAUAGGACCAUAGGGUUUCAAGGGGGAGCUCGAGGCGGACCGAAUGCCUUCGGAUCAAAUGCUUGGGGAGGACCGCGCGAACAGUUUCCUACCGGACCUCCCCAGGAGCGGCACGUUCCUGUAAGAGGCUUCAAUGCGAUGGAGUCAAAAGAGGCCCUUAGGAGAAAGUCAAAGUCCUUUAUUUAUAAGCCAACGGGGAAGGACGUAAAUAACAUGAGAUCUAGUGGGCCUUGGGGCUCAAAACUGACAAAAUUAAUAGCAAAUACAAUGGCGAAUGGGAAGGAUUUCUUCCUCGAACUCCGCAAACAGGUUACGGCGUUGCAGAACGGCGGGGGAAAUGUCGCAGGUGGCUGA